GUCCAUCACUGGUUCUUAGAAUAAGUACAAUUUCUAAUUAAGGUUAUAAGUGACUACGAAAAUAGAAAAUAUUUUCGUAUCCUUUUAUUGAGGAACAUUCGUUCAUAGAUAGUGGAUAAUUUAUCGACAAGCCAACAGGAAAUUUCUGUCCUUCCAUCGAGAAAUGCUUUCAUAGACGUGGUGUAGUUCCGACCAACUUCAGAGGCGUGUCAUGUUUGCGAUAAACGCGGCGUUCUUUCUUGUAGAGUGUUCGACGAUUUUUUAAGUCCGGAUUUCGUAAAAGAUGCUCGCGUUAGGACCUAAAAAGGACGGCGGACCCAACACAAAAUUUUUCGAGUCCCAGGAAAUUCUCACACAGCUCGAUGGAGUGAAACAGUGGCUAUUGAAAAACUGCAAAAAGUAUGUACAAACGGAUCCUCCCACUAAUAAAAGUUUAGCCACUUUGAUAGUACAAUUAUUGCAAUUUCAAGAAGAUAAUCUAGGAAAAAAUGUUUCAAAACCACCCAUGACAAGGCUUCCUGUGAAAUGUUUUUUGGAUUUUAAACCAGGAGGUGGGUUGUGUCAUAUUCUUGCUACAGCAUAUCGUUUUAAACAAGAGCAAGGAUGGCGUAGGUUUGACUUUCCUGUUGGAAAGUCAGGAUCUCGUAUGGAUAGAACAGUAGAAAUGUUGAUGGCAGCUGAACGAGCUUUAGUUCAGAACAGAUGUCUAACCAUACCAAGCAUAUUUGUAAGAGCUGAUGUAGAUAAGUCAACAGCUGGAAAAGUGAAAGAAGCAAUUCGAAGACAUCAGGGUACUAUUGCUGAAAACGAAGCGGAUGCUACACACAUCAUUUAUCCUCCAGCAGAUCCUAUGGAAGAAGAGUAUGCGCGCCCUUGUAUGAGGCGCGAGAGAUCCGUUCUUCUUCAUUGGUACUAUUUCCCCGAUAGUUAUGAUUCCUGGACUACUUUAGAUCUUCCUUGGGAUUUUCCAGAAGGUACACUUACAACUGCAAACAUGAAAUCUGUAUACAAAGUAUCGGCAACGUGGGCAUUAGAUUUAGAUCAAUACAACGAGUGGAUGAACGAAGAAGAUUACGAAAUGGAUGAAAACGGUCAAAAGAAAAUACAUAAAUAUAGACUUUCAGUUGAAGAUUUAAUGGCUCAACCAUCUCAUCCUCCGCCAUCUGCGAAAAAACCAAAGCGAAAACGAUCACCAAGUCCACCUCCAAAACUGGGCAAACGUAAAAGUGGAAGGGGGCCAUCGGGUGUUCAAAGUGCUUCGUCUACAUCAUCGCUUACGACUCCGAAAAAGUCACGCGGUGGUGGAGAAGAGGAAGAUGAUCUCACUCAAGGAAUGGAAGACCCUCCAGCGGAACCUCGGAUUGUUGAAGUAGUUGCCACGCCUACGAAUCCACCGGUUACAGGGCAAGGUAAUGUACCAACGAGUGGCACUACCUUAACAACGACGGGAAGUAAAAAACAAGACAAUGAACUUCAGCCACUUAAAUCUGGUAACAUGGCAGAUCUGGAUGAACCAAUGGAAGGUGAUAAAGGAAGUUCUCAAGGCACUCAAGACAGAGAAGAACGAGACGCGAGCAAAGAAAGAGGAGAAGGUAACAAAGGCGAUGAACCGGAAGAUAAUGUCACAGAGCAAACGCAUCAUAUUGUUGUUCCUAGUUAUUCGGCUUGGUUCGAUUAUAAUUCGAUUCAUACUAUCGAAAAGAGAGCUCUGUCUGAGUUUUUUAAUGGUAAAAACAAAUCUAAAACGCCAGAAAUUUACCUUGCGUACAGAAAUUUCAUGAUCGAUACCUAUAGAUUAAAUCCCACGGAAUACAUUACAUCAACCGCUUGCAGACGUAACUUGGCGGGUGAUGUAUGCGCGAUAAUGCGCGUACACGCAUUUUUAGAACAGUGGGGACUUAUUAAUUACCAAGUAGACGCAGAAUCAAGACCAACGCCUAUGGGGCCUCCUCCAACGUCGCAUUUCCAUGUACUAUCAGAUACUCCGUCAGGCUUGGCUCCCGUCAAUCCAAACCCUCCAAAAACGCCACAACCUUCGGCUGCCAAAGCUUUGCUCGAUUUAGAAAAGAAAUCGAACAUAACGAGUGGAAUUGGAGCAGAAGAAAAGGUUUCAGCUGGAGCGAUGGCAAAUUUCGGAUUGAAAAUAGAUCAGUAUUCAAGAAAACCGGCGGUGUUGAAGAACAAACAAGCUGCUGGUGCUACUCGCGAUUGGACGGAACAAGAAACACUUUUACUAUUAGAAGGAUUAGAAUUGCACAAGGAUGACUGGAAUAAAGUUUGCGAACAUGUUGGCUCGAGAACGCAAGACGAAUGCAUUUUGCAUUUCUUACGACUUCCAAUAGAAGAUCCAUACUUAGAAGAAGGUGGACCGGAAGGUUUGGGUCCAUUAGCUUAUCAACCGGUACCCUUCUCUAAAGCUGGAAAUCCAGUGAUGAGUACAGUUGCAUUUUUAGCAUCGGUUGUCGAUCCUAGGGUUGCAGCAAGUGCUGCAAAAGCUGCUAUGGAAGAGUUUGCAGCUAUCAAGGACCAAGUACCCGCGACUUUACUGGAUCAACACUUGAGAAAUGUACAAGCUAGCGCUAAUUCGGAUGGUAAAUUCGAUCCAGCUGCGGGAUUAGCGCAAUCAGGAAUAGCUGGUACAGGUCCCCCUGAACCUCCAGAUGACACAGCAACUCCGUCAACAACUGGAACUGUUUCAACACCGGUGACUACAUCUCCACAUUCGGGGACACCGACUCCUAUGGAAACGAAAAAGGAGGAACCAGAGAAACCUAAGGAACCGGAAGUUGACCAAACUCAGUUAGAUGUCACAAAGAAAGAAGAAGAAAUUAAAGAGACAGAAGAAGAUACAAAAACUCCUGUAGACGCCGAAGCUGUGGAAGCGAAAGAAAAGAAAGACAAGGUGGUGCGCGAUGCUCAACUCCAGUCCGCAGCUGCUGCCGCAUUGGCAGCGGCUGCCGUUAAAGCAAAACACUUGGCAGCCGUGGAAGAACGUAAAAUUAAAUCCUUGGUGGCUCUACUUGUCGAGACACAAAUGAAGAAACUGGAAAUUAAAUUACGUCAUUUCGAAGAAUUGGAAACCACUAUGGAACGAGAACGCGAAGGUCUCGAGUACCAAAGACAGCAGCUCAUCACCGAAAGGCAACAGUUUCAUCUGGAACAAUUAAAAGCCGCAGAAUUCAGAGCGAGGCAACAAGCGCAUCAACGUUUAGCUCAAGAACAACAGCAACAACAACAGAAUCAGCAUCCACCUUGGCAACCAACCGCGCAACAGCAACAGCAGCAGCAACCACCGAGUCCGCAAGCACAGGCUCAACAACCACCUCCCCAUACGCCUCCGCAACAAGCAUAACUCUCUUUAUAUUACUUACAGCUCCCACAUAACAGAUGGAUCUUUUGGUGGCUGUUCUGGAUUAAGUGUGUGUAACGAAGACAUCAGGUGGAAAUGAUAGUGCUGGAGAAGCUGCGUCAUGUGAGCCCGUCUAAUCUCCCCGCUUGUGCAACAGUACAGAAAAUUUGCAAGGUCAAGGGCAAGUGAACCAACCCGAGAUAGUUGAAAAUCGAGUAAACAGACGUCCUGAAAUGUCGUAACGUUAGACAGAUCGUAAUAUUUUAAAUAUUAUUUACACGACUGGCAUAAACAAUCGAAACAUUUGUUAGCGUUCAAAUUCUUAUUAUACCUGAUUUUCAAAAAACAAAAAGUAAAUAACAUAAAUAUUUUUACACUAUAUCCAUCCCUUUUUCCUCUGUAUUGAGGAAGUUAUUAUAGUCACGUACGGAACAAAAUUUUUCAAAUUCCACGACUACUUCGAUAAUGAAGUAUAUACAUAUUUUAUUUACGUGAUACGAAAAAUGUUUAAAAAAAAAAACAAAUUAAUUUACGAUACGAUUGAAUUUAUAUAAUGUUCUUUUUUUCAAUCAGACGACUACACAAAGUGCAAGAAUUUUUGCUUUACGGUUAAUAUAGUACUUUCCUGAUAAAAUUAGUGAUAAAUAACGAGAGAAUCGUAAUAUAAGAAUCUUAUAAAUUUAUAUAAUAAAAAAUUAUACUGAAACAAA